UAUUUGUUUCAAUUGUUUAAUGCAUUCAAUCAUAUCAUUUGAUUUGAUCCAUAGUAUUGAUAAUUUGAUAAACAAUUGAUAUAAUUAUUUGGACAAUAGAUUUGAUUAAUUAAUCAAUUGAUUAAGUGAUUGUCAUCAAUAACAAUGUCGAAGAAUAGUGAUCUCAUCGAUAUCUGUAACAAUAUAGUGAAAUGGAUCAACAAAUCAAUUAAAUCUAAAGACAUUGCAAAGUUGGUUGAUAUAUGCGAUGUCAAUAAAUAUGAUAAUAAAUACACUAUUGAUGACAUCAGACAAGUUGUGGACACGGCUUUCAAACAAAAGUCACAACAAUUAGUUAAUGAAAAUGAUCUGUUAUUUGAAAAUAUUGAGGACCUCUUAAAUAUGUCAAUAUUGGCGGCAAGACAUGAGAUAUGUCCGGGAAAUCUUCCGGUUAUGCUUUUGUCUGAUAUAUUUGAUUGUCGGACAUUAGAUGAAUGUCAACAGCUAUUUGUUUUGAUUGAAAACAAAGUCGACAUUUGGAAGGAAGAAGUCUUCUUUAAAAAUGUCAAAAACCAAUUAUUGCGAUCUUGUAAUGAUCUGUUGAGACGACUUUCCCGCUCUCAGGACACAGUAUUUUGCGGUCGAAUUCUUGUAUUUUUAGCACAUUUUUUCCCAUUUUUUGAACGUUCGGGUCUUAAUCUCAUAUCAGAGUUUAAUCACGAAAAUGCCACUACUUUUGCUGUUGAAGACAAUAUACUAAGCGAAUCAAUUGCAAGUGUCUCGCAUUCACAGGACGAACACGAAAGCAAAGAAUCUGAGAAAAUACUCGUGGAUUACAAUUUUUACCGAAAGUUUUGGCAAUUGCAAGACUCGUUUAGAAAUCCAAACAGUUGUUACAAUCGGACGCAAUGGAAACAAUUACAGACAUAUACUAAUGAUAUACUUCAAGCCUUCAGUAGCUUUAAAUUGGAUCCAAACUCUUGCGCCAAUUUUCAGGGUUUGGGUGAUAAUAAUAGCGAUAAUUUAUAUUUUGCCAAAUAUUUGACAAAUCAACGGUUACUUGAAUUACAAUUAAGUGAUUCCAAUUUCAGACGAUAUAUUUUAGUUCAGUUUCUUAUUUUAUUUCAAUACUUGACAUCAAAUGUUCGCUUUAAACAAGAGGUACAUUCGUUGACUGAAGAUCAGUCAAUUUGGGUCACAGAAACUACUAAUAAAAUUAAUGAACUCAUAGAAGAAACACCACCUCAUGGUCCAGAAGUACGAAAAAGCAUCGAAAAGAUAUUAAAACGCGAAGAGUUUUGGAAUAAUUGGAAGAAUGAUGGCUGUCCUGAACUGAAACCUAUCACUGAAAAUGAAAGCGAAAUGAAGAAAACUGAAACCAGUAUUAAACAGACGUAUACUCGUAAACGUAAAUUAGGUGAUGAAUUGAAAGAAGCCGAGAGUCAGAACCGAAUACUUAUUGGUAAUCAAGAGUUAAAUACUAUUUGGAAUCUUUGUGCUGACAAUUGGGAAUCCUGUCGGUCAAAGAAAAGACUAUUUAUUCCAUCAGUUGAGAAGUUCUUUGAAAACGCUGUCAAAGCAACUCAUAAACAACGACAAGAGAUAUGUUCAGACAGUGAUUUCACGUGGAGAGCACUGCGUCUUCUCAGCCAAAAGAGUCAUCACUUUUUCUCUCCAAGCAAUCAAGUGGUCAAAACAGUAAACAGUCAUUUGGAAACAGUUGUCGAAAAAUUAUCCAAAGAGUUUCCCACAACUAUUCAUAAUAACAAUAACGACUUUGACAUCGAUGACGCCGAAGAUAUUAGUGAUGAUGAACUGCUUAAGAAUGUUGAUCCAAAUACCACUCCCAACACACCUAAUGAUUACUCUAAUGAAGCCGAUAAUACAGAAAUGGUUUGAUACUGUAUAACAUUAUAAAUAUUAUUUUAUAAACGACAUAUUCAUCAAUCAUUAAAAUCAUUUUUAUUUAAUUUAUAAAUUGAUAAUAAAAUUUAUUUUAA